UGAAACCCUGAGAUGGAGGAAUGUAACUGGGAAACUCAGCCUAAUCCCUCCUGCCGGGAAGCGCACUCCUGAUUACACCACAGGAUUGGCUGCUAUCCGCCUCUCCUUCUCCGGCAGGGCUUCGCACCCGCUCGGUCAUUUGCCUCAUCUCCCCUUCCUUAGCGUCGCUACUUCCAUAAGGAUAUAUUCCCUCGUUUAGGCACAAUUUUUAGAAAUUAGAUCUCCUCUCCUAGAAACUAAAAAGAGAAGAAGCAGCCCAGGAGAUCUUAUUCAUGAAAAAAAUCCCCAAACCCUUCUAGUCAGUGGGAGUUUCACACCAAGAAAGGCCACAAGAUGAGAUCUAGACACUGUGAAUAAAGGGGAUUUCUGUGAUCAGCAUGAUGAGAAAACCACUUGACUGAAAAACAGAAAGAGCAAGACUCAAGCACUGAGAGGAAGAGGCCUACUUCUGGACCAGGGGACUGCUAUGAGAGGAACUCACCCACAGCUGGAUGCUUCAGGAAAUGCACAAUGGCUACAUUCCCUGUCUUGGAGCAAGAAACACUAUUCCAGAAUGGUAGCUGGAGCUACCGAAUUCCAGCCCUGCUCUACCUGCCGCGGUUCAGCAUGAUCCUGGCCUUUGCUGAGGAGCGAGAGGACCUGGUGGAUGAACACGCCAAGCUGAUAGUCAUGCGCAGAGGCAUGUAUGACCCAGCCACGCAGCACGUUCAGUGGAAAAGAAUGGAGACCCUUGUCAGUGCACAUCUGGAAGGCCACCGAUCUAUGAACCCUUGCCCAGUAUAUGAUGAGGUGUCGGGGAAACUCAUCUUGUUUUUCAUAGCCGUCCCGGGAAAGAUCUCUGAGCAGCAUCAGCUGAGGACAAAGAUCAACCUGGUACGUCUCUGCUAUGUCACUAGCGUGGACCAAGGGCGCACCUGGAGCGCUGCCCAGGAUGUCACCGACAGGACCAUUAGGAAUGAGUACAAGAACUGGGCCACGUUUGCAGUGGGGCCGGGUCACGGAUUACAAUUGCUCAACGAGGCCCGGAGCCUUGUGAUUCCUGCCUAUGCCUAUCGUAUCUUGGACCCCAAACAACACCCCACCCCUCAUGCCUUCUGCUUCAUCAGCUCUGACCAUGGGACAACAUGGGAGAUGGGGAACUUCGUGGGGGAGGAGAGCGCGGUGGAGUGCCAGGUAGCGGAGGUGCAUACCUGUGGCAGAAAGGUCCUUUACUGCAAUGCAAGGAGCAACAGGGGAGCCAGGAUCCAGGCUGUCAGCUACAACCACGGGCUGGACUUCGAGGGCGGCCAGCGGGUUGAAAUGCUAACAGAACCUCCCUCUGGAUGCCAUGGAAGUGUUACUGCCUUUCCACCUCCCCCGGACGCCAGAUGUCAAGACAGUUGGUUACUCUACGCUCAUCCUACAGACCCAAGGGGUCGAAAAGAUUUGGGAAUUUACCUCAACAAAAGCCCUUUAAAUCCAGCACACUGGACAAAGCCCAGCAUCCUCUUCAAGGGCCUGUGUGCUUAUUCAGAUCUGCAGUACAUGGGCAUUGGGCCCGAUGGAUCACCUUUGUUCUCCUGCCUCUUUGAAUAUGGGACCCGCAGACAAUGUGAAGAGAUGAUUUUUGUCAUGUUCACCUUAAAGCAAGCCUUUCCCUCAGAAUACUGAGUCUCAAGCCUUUCCAUCAGCAUCCCUCUGAAAGCCAUCUUUGCUGAUGCUUUUUACUGUCAUUUCUCAUCCCUCAGUAAAAGGUCUUUUUUUACUCCGGCUUCACACAUAGUGUCGUGUUGGCUUGUUCUGUCUGUAGAUUGUGAAGUCCAUUAAACAUACCACAACUUCA